AUGAUGUGCCCAGAUCCUGGUACGGCCAUUUCGUUGACGAGGAUAGCGCCUACUGGAGCAGAGAAAGAGGCUUGGUUUGCCUUUGCACAAAGUCUGACGCAAAAGAAAUUGAUGGAGGAGCUUCCGGAUGAGGCAGAGGUGUUUAUUGAUGGUCCGUUUAACGUGUAUGUGAUGGAACAUCAAGUCAAAUAUGUGGCAAUGACAUGUGCUCCUCUUCAUGUCCCCAGCGAUGAUUUCAAGCAUGAAACGUUCGAACAGGAAGAAGAUUUCUCGCAUUGGUUCACAGAAUGGAAAAAUGAACGAUAUGAAAGAAAGAUUUCAGUUCAUGAGCAGAAACAUGAAACAAUUCUGGCCCUUGGUGCAAUGCACAGGAACGACAACAAAACGGCGACACAAUGGUUGGAACGACUUCAAGAAGAAAACCCGAGCUUGUCGAGGUUACGACCCCGUCUGAGGCUUGAUCGGGUUGUAGAGCAUUCUGCUGAAGCUCAGUAA